AAUGCGAACUUGGCGAGCGCAAGACGCGAGCGUCGGUAAAUCUUUGACAGAGUCGACCAGACACGUUUCCAAUUCCCAACCAGUUGUGGUCAUAAUCAAAUUAACACCCACACGCCUAUGAGACAUUUGCCAUAACUACGCCACUUUGCCAGCUGUGAUUUGCAUAAUUGACGCUAAUCGAAUUUGCCUCGUGGCCCGCACAAUAGAACUGAGAGCUCAUGCUGACAGCUUUCGUGUGUUGUUUUGUUGUUAUCUGUGAUUGAAUUGCGCCAAAACUUAAACAAAUUAUUAAAGUGUGAAAUCUGUUUACCAACAUAUUGUGCCCACCACCUAAAUAUAUAUAAAUCAUGAUCACCAUGAACGAGCUCGUCGAUCUGCGAAUGCAGCAGCACAUCGCGCACGAGAUUUACCGCCACCAGAUAAUGCAACGUAUUCCGGAUCCAUUUCCACCGAUGCUGCCCAUUCCGAUGCCGCGACACGUGAUAAUGCCCCCACGCGUCUCGCUUCCCGGCGUGGAGAUGACGCUGCAGAACGACGAGCUCUGGAAGCAGUUCCAUCAGAUUGGCACGGAAAUGAUCAUUACAAAGAGCGGCAGACGCAUGUUUCCCUCGAUGCGCCUGAGCGUCUCAGGCCUGGAGGACGAGACCAACUACUGCAUCCUGCUCGAAAUGGUGCCCAUCGGGGACUGCCGCUACAAGUUCUCCGGCUCCCAAUGGGUGCCCGCCGGCGGCGCCGAGCCCCAAAGUCCACAGCGCAUGUACCUCCAUCCGGACAGCCCGGCUACGGGCGCCCACUGGCAGGCACAGCCCAUACUCUUCAACAAGGUGAAGCUGACGAACAACACGUUGGACAAUAGCGGUCAUAUCGUGCUGGCCAGCAUGCACAAGUAUCAGCCGCGCUUGCAUGUGAUACGAACCGCAGAUCUGGCGCAGAUUCCGUGGGCGCCACAGCAGGCCUUUGUGUUUGGCGAGACAGAGUUUGUGGCCGUGACAGCGUACCAGAAUGAUCGCAUCACGAAGCUGAAGAUCGACAACAAUCCAUUUGCCAAGGGCUUCCGCGAAACGGGACAGUCGCGCUGCAAACGCAAAAUGUCUUCAUCGCCAACCGAUGAUGAUCAAGAUUUGCCUCAGACGCAUUCGCAGUCCUCUGGCUCGCUUGACAUGUCGCCAGGCAAAUCCACGACGACAGCAGCAGCAGCAGCAGCAGCAGCAGCGGCAGCGGCAGCGACAGCCGAAGCAACAUUCACAUCGAACAACAGCGAGCAGGAUGGGCCGCAAAUUAAGCGCCUGAGAUCAAAUGGUUCCGCCUGUUCGUUAUCGUCAUCGCUCGAUGGCGCUGAGCCAGUUGCCGGGCCUGGCGCCAGCUCCUUGGGCUCGCCUGCUGGCGGCGCCAACUCCGCCGCCACCGCCACCGCCACCGCCUCGUUCAUGCAACAUUUUCAGCAGAACAUGCAGACGCUGCUGCGACCCUCGCUGGUCGAUCUCGCCUGCACCUACUUCGGCCGUCCCGCACAUGAAUACAAUGGAGCGACGCCGGCGUCGCAUUUGUAUCCGCCAACGUCCAUUUUGCAAGCCGCAUUGCCAGCACUUCCGGCCCUCGCCUUGCCUCACAGCGUUUCCGUUCAGCACACUGACGAGGAAUCGACAACGGACGAUGCUGAGCUAGAUGUUGGCAGCGAAUCAACAAUGACAACAACAACCACACUACAGCAACAUCAACAUCAACAUCAUCCACCCCCCGAGGCACCCGUCAAGCGAAAAGGUUUCAGCAUAUCUGCAAUUCUAGGCGGAGGCAGCUAGUUGCAACAGCCUGUGGCAGCCUGAGAGUGCCGAGCUAAUGCCUUUGAUAUUAUUUAGUGUACAAAUUUAAGCUGAACUUUGCCUGAUUAGUCCAUAAGCUAACGUUAAGUUUGCCUAA